GCCGCUGGAAGGAGGCUAAAGCAAACAAUUUUUAGGCCCGCGGUGAAACAAAAAUAUGAGAAAAAAAUUUUUAAAAAUUCGUAACAUUGUUUAAAGCCGGAAAAAAUACGGGAAAGUGAUGUUGAGUGUCCCGCGGCCGUCAAAAAUGGGACACGGCCAAUUCUGCUCACAACCUAGAAGAAUUGGUGAAACUGGCUGAGGAUGCUAUACGAGAAGCUGGAAAUUUGAACUAUUUUUAAACAGUGAAGUACAAAGAAGAGACUGUACAAUCGCCAGCAGGAUAGUCAGGAGUGGAAGCCUAGAGCCUCUGCAUUUCAAUCAUACCUGUGUCCCCGCUUCCAUUUUCUUAAAAGGGAACUACACGCGUGACCUGAGUCUGCCGUCCAAGGUCCUAACUGCCAAAUGUGUUGAACACAUGAAACUACACCAGAAAGAAGAAACAGAAGUUGAUUUAUAUCAGUACAACUGGGCAAACAACAAGUGUCCAGUAAUUAGGCCUACAGUAGACUGCGAUGGCCACUGUCAUCCCCGGUGAUCUUUUAGAAGUAACAGAUACUCAGAAGGUUCUAGUGGGGAAACGUAAACGUAGUGAAACCAAAUCCAGAAAAUCCUUUCCUUGUCAGUUGUGUGGAAAGAUCUUCACUAGUGUUGAGAAAUUGAAAGUGCAUUCAUAUUCACAUACUGGAGAAAGACCCUACAAGUGUUCACACGAGGACUGUACCAAGGCCUUUGUGUCUAAGUAUAAACUACUGAGGCAUAUGGCCACCCAUUCACCUCAGAAGACCCACAAGUGUACUUACUGUGAGAAAAUGUUCCAUCGUAAAGAUCAUCUAAAGAAUCAUCUGCAAACUCAUGAUCCAAAUAAGGAAGCCUUCAAAUGUGAGGAAUGUGGAAAAAGCUACAAUACAAAGCUUGGCUAUAAGCGCCAUUUAGCGCUACAUGCUGCAACUAGUGGUGACCUUACUUGUAAAGUGUGCUUACAAACAUUUGAAAGCACAGGAGUGUUACUAGAGCAUCUGAAGACACAUGCUGGCAAGUCAACAAGUGGCACAAAGGAAAAAAAACAUCAUUGCGACCAUUGUGACCGUUCUUUCUACACUCGUAAAGAUGUCCGAAGACACAUGGUAGUGCAUACAGGAAGGAAAGACUUCCUUUGUCAGUAUUGUGCCCAGAGAUUUGGGCGGAAGGACCACCUGACCCGUCAUAUGAAGAAAAGUCACUCUCAGGAACUGCUAAAGGUGAAAACAGAACCAGCAGAUCUUAUGGAUAUACUUAGUUCAAAUACUUCAUUGUCAUUAAAAGAUGAGCUAAGUCCAGUGAUGUCAGUGGUUUCCAGUGAGUUGACAACUAGAUCAUUUACAAACACUUUACAAAUGAAUAUCUACAGUGCCCAUAUUCAGACCAUGCAAACAUUAGGGGCAACAAAUCAAAUGGUCUCUUCUCCGUUACCAUUAGGAAUGGGUUGCCCACUAGACAUUGAGACUUCAAUUCGCGCUCCUCAAGAACUUUCCUCAAAAUAUUUUCUUGGUUCUACCUCAUAUGCCAUUGCAAUGCCUGAUAAAGGACAACCAUUAAAAAGUGAAAUAGACAGCUACUUAAUGGAUUUACAUAGUGAUUUACUCCCCUCUGCCCAUGACACUCAAUCAUCCUCAUCAAAGCAAGGCAUGCAGUCUCAGCCAGGAUCUUUGGGUGAUGGAUGUGGGGACGUUUUGCUUUCUAAAAGCCCAGCACUCCUCAGUGAACCUCUAAAUACAUCAUCAGCAGACUUUUCUCAGUUAUUAAGUUUCAUACCUUUAAAUAACUCUUCAUACAAUCAGCCAGUUUCUUCUGGCAAUUCUGGUAUGUGUUAUACCCAAGAGGAGCCUCAUACAUCCUUAAUUCCUCUCCCACCCCAGUACCAGGAUUCACAUGAAACUGGCAACAGCAUUGGUCUCAAUGCUCUCCAUCCCUUAUCUACAGUUUUCACUACUAGUUUAAGCACAACAACCCUGCCACGUUUUCAUCAGGCUUUUCAGUAGAUAGUGUGAUAUUUCUUAACCAUUUCCUUUUCCAAAUAUUGUAAAAGUGAUUAUCCUGAUGAAACAUUAAGGAAUUGGACUGUAACUCUCUGGUUGUAACAACAGUGCUGCUUUGUGAAUGACCACCACAGGCAAACAAAGCCAGGAGAAAAAAUGUACAAUACUGUUUAUUUGUGGUCAUAAUAGGAACAUUCUAUUUAGCAGUUGAUUUCUAAUAAUAGACAUUGAGAGUAAAUUUGAGUCUAGAUCAUCAAUAAUAGACUCACUGACGGCCUAGGUGUUUACAAUAAGAAUUGAUACAAAAUGCCACAGCCCUGAACCCUUUCAUUGCAAUGAUUGUUGUGUUCUAAUUUUAGGCUGUACUGACACCAAUAAUCAGUCUUUCAGAUUCAUAUAUCAGAUAGCAACUGCAAAAUUCACAGUGCUUUAUAUCUUUUAAACAAACUGUAUUCAGUUUUUGAAAAGAUUGCUGCUCUGUUUAAUAAUUUUGCACAGUUUCACUUCGUGGCUGUUUUGAGGAUGCAUUUUUGCAUUUAAAAAUGCUGGAACACCAAAAAAUUUUUGAACUCUGGCCAUAUUAAUGCACCAAAAUUGGUUUUAUAUAUAAUCCAUUUAUUUUAUUUAGAAAAAUGCUGAGGGUUUUCUUAACAAAGUUCCUGGUGAAAACUUCUAUAAAAAAUAAACUUCCCAUCAGAUUUGAUUCUGUAGCUUCAAAAAUAUGGAACACAGAAUACAUGAUUCCUACAUUAAUUUUCAAAUUCUUGUGAUAGAGUGGCAGUAUAAAUGAGUUUUUCUUUCUAAUUUAAAUUGAUUAUAUUAACCUUAAGUUCUAUGUGUCAUUUAAUGAAGAUUAUUGAUAAUAGAUUAUGAAUUAAACUUCUGAAUUAGAUAUAUGAAUAAAAGCCACAUAUACUUUUUCAUUUUGAUCUUAUUGUACAAUUUCAUCUAUUAGAUUAUUGAUUAUAUCCAACAUAUGUGGAAUUUGUCCUCAAAGUAAAACAGUUUAAGUAACACCCAAGUUCCAAAAAGGAAGCACAGCCUUAAGAGGUGAAGAAAUAAUUGGUAAGGGGUAAUAAAUAUUCUGAUAAAAAUUUAACUUGCAUUUCUAUUUGUUUUGUUAACCAAAUUCUUAAAUAAUUUUGAGUAUUGGUUAAGCCAUCAUUGUCACAAGUAGCAAACAAUUAGCUAAGUAGUAUGUGUUGAAAAACAAUUUUCUCAUUAAGAUAACAUUUUGCCCCAUCUUUGUGCAAUAGUCUGCUCCUAACCUGAAAUUAUUCCAUCUGCUUUGGACUAAUUCCUUCAGAUAUUUCCUUGUUUUCCUGAACCAUUUUACUAAUUCACUUCCAUGUGUGCAUUUUGUACUGUUCAAAUUGAUUAUAUCAUUUAUAAAAUUGAAAAUAUAUGAAAUUGUAAUAAUUUAGCAGGUAAAAGAAAUUGACAUCUUGAGAUUUAUUUUGAUCUGAAAUCUUCAUCUGUUUUCAGCUGAAACCAAUUGUAUUUACUGAGCCUUUUCUUAUAUUAAAAAUAGAAAAUAAUGAAAAUACUCAGCAGGCCAGGCAACAUCUGUGGAGAGAGAAACAAAAUUUAAGGUUAAUCUUUUUUUUGUUUUCUGUAUGUGUUUCAACUAUACGUUAGUUCAAAUAGACAUAUUAAGGAAUUAUUAAUUUGGUUUUAAAUGGCAGAGUUCAAUUAAUUUUGAGCAGUAUUUUGAGGAAUACUAUUUGUUGCAUUGUACUAUUCAGACUAUGUGAAUGUCAUUUGUUCAUACAAAAAUUUAUAAGGUCUGUGAACUUGAUUUAAUUAGCUAUUCAAUCCCUGUAACCAGCUGACAAAUAGGACUUUGAAUUUAGUAGAGUAAGUCAGAAGUAGUCAAAGCAGUUUUAGUAAAACAGUCAGAAGAAUGUGUUACAAUCGAAAUUACUGGUUAGCUGUAAGAUGAUACCAAAGGUUUUAUAUUGAAAUUCAAACAAACUUAAGAUAGGUGAAUAAAAUUUUAAGUAUUGGAAGUCAAAUAGAAGCAAAAUACUGGAAACUCCAUCUGAUGUAGAGAAAGCAGAUAGGUCAAUGUUUAUGUAAAAUUGGUCAGGUCUACCAGAGUAUCUAAAAGGUUGCUUGGUUUGUAAUCUACAUAAAUGCUUUGAAAUUGGUUGUGCUUUUGUCACAUGGGCUGUUUGAAUAUAUCAGCUUGUGGAACACUGCUAAACUAAAAUAAAUGGUGCCCAAAAAGGUGGAAUAUAGGGAAGUACCAAAGAAAUUGUUUAGCUGUGAUUUGCAUGAUAUUUUACAUCAGAUCUAUAUUUGGUCUCUGCAUUCCUCAUAAGAAUUAAUAGCAAUUGAUAUGUUACUUUACUGCUUUGGUUAUGUCAUGUUAGAUUUUGGUUUCUUCCACAAUUUUGCAUUUAGUUAUUACCUGUUGACCCAGUAUUUGAAAUAUUCAUUGACCAAAAAUGUUUUCAAUCUAAUGAGAUACAAAUUUAUUUCAGCUCACGUAAAUGGAUUUUUCUUUCUAUAUGCUGCAAUGGAACUCAUUAGUCUUGAGCCUAUGUUGACCAGACCCCAUUACUUUGAAUGCAGGUUGUUAGUACUAAAUGAGGUUGGAAUAUUAGCUCCCAGUUGUACUCACCUCUGCACAUUUGGUUCCUUUCACUUCAUAGAAUCAAGUCUUCACAGGCAAGUUCAGCUGGUGGCCAAAAUUCUCACAAACAUGUAGUACUAGCAACCGAAGACAAGUUUCACCCCGUAAACAUUUGGCUUCACUGAAAGUGCUUCUUCACCAAAACUAACCCUUUGCUAAAAAUUAGUACUUUUAUCUCCUAUUCCAUCAUUGAUAUUAGAUCAAUUAACAUUUCACUGAUUUUGUAGUUUAAUUUCAAAUCUUUUUGUGAAUUAAGUUCAAAAAAUAUUCCAAGUAUUGAAAAUAUUUUACUGCUGCUAGAUUUAAUAGGAUCAGAGAAUAUUAUUGCAGGAGGACAUUUUAGAGCUCUAAUUCUUAUACUGGCUCUUUGAAAGAAGUUUCCUUUAUGUCUGUAGCCCUGCAGUGACCUUGGCCUCAAGUCUCAAGUCAAGCCUUACUUCGCCUGUCCAGCUCACUUUUAAAGAUGCUAAUGAAAUGAAAAUCCCAUUUUGUUUCCUGUUUUGUUUAGUAAUGAUCUCCCCCAAGCUAUAGAACAUGGUAUCACAAACUCUUGUCAUCCUUAAAAUCUUCUGUGUCGCUUCUUAACUUCACAACUAUUCUUUUAACUAUAUAAACUUUUACCUAAAUAUCCCUGUAUGCCCCCUAUCAGUGAUAGCAUCACAGUUCACCUCAGUGCUCUUAAAGACUUGAACCCUUUUUGAAGUAUGGUCCAAGAAUUAUUCACAAUACUUGUCCUAAUGAUUAAGUUUCAGUGUGAUUUCUUGUGGCUUCUGUUUCUCCACUGAUUAAUCAGCAUGCUCCUUUUCACCUCGUCUACAUCAAAGUAAAUAUAUAUCAGCACAUCAGAUUUAUUGUGUUGAAGUAAUAUCUUCAUAUAGCUAGAUGAGCUCAGAAUCCGAAUAAGAAUCAGGUUUAAUAUCACUGGCGUGUAUUGUGAAAUUUACAGCAGCAGUACAAUGAAAUACCGUUUGUACAUGAUAAAUAAAUAUAAAGAAAAAACAGAAUUACAGUACAUUAAGACAUUUAUAUUUACACAUAGACACACUGUAUAUAAUAGUUCAGUUAAAAUAAGUAGGGCAAAAAAAACAAAAAUAAGAAAUACUAAGGUGGUGUUCAUGGGUUCAAUGUCUAAUUAGAAAUCGGAUGGCAGAGGGAAAGAAACUCCCAUUAUAGUUGACGAAAAAGAGUAGAAAAUAGCACUGAAAGGACAUACAGUAUCAUAUAAAAACAGUCCCAAAAUUGUUAAACACUCAUCUCUCAGCAGUUCUAUACAUCUCUUGCCUUUGAAUAUCACUAGUCCAGGAAGAUGUUAAAGUCAAUAGAUUUCAUGUUUCCUAGUAUAUUCUCAGUGGAAUUUUAUGGGGAAAAAAAUACAGAUGUGGUCAUCAGCAGAAGAGCUGCAAAAUGAACAAUUAGUAGCAUCCUGUGAAAUAAAGGAUUGGUGAUUUGGGAAUUAAAUACAUUUCUUUAAGGAGGUACAGGCCUUUCCAACUAUGUAUGCUUGGAGACAAUGUAUACUGAGUGCUGUGCAUUUAAAACAAAGAUUGGUAAUUUGAUUGAAUUACAGGAGAAAGAAAUUGGACAAGAAAUCAAACUGGAGGUCAGUAAUUAGCCACGAUGCUGGAGCAACCUCUAGGCUCUUGGAUUACUUUUUAUUCUCAUUUCCUUUCCCUAAAUAAUCACAAAACUAAUAGAAAUUCAGUAUCUAACUUACAUAAAGAAUGGACAAAUUGAGGAGGUGGUGGACUAACGUUUAGCACCAGUAAACACAAACGAGGAGGAAAUUUCAGAGUGCUUUAAGUUUUUUUGUUAGGAAACUUGUAUACUUGCAAUUUUUUGUAAAAUAAUGAACUUUGAAAUGCAUUGAUUCGACAUCUGAAUACCAUUUUCUAUGCUAUUAAUAUUGAAUCAUGUCUAGGAAUCAACAUUUUUUGGCGAAAUAACAUACAAAAUUAUAAUUAUUGCAGUUUGUGCUUUAGCAGAAAAUUGUAAUGCAUAUAAAGUAGCAAUUAAAAAUUACUAGUCAAGAAAUUUGUUCCUUGCUCUACUACUGUAGUGGUGCAAUAUUAAUCAUUCUACAAUAUGAUUUGGAGGAUUUGGAGUCUCUGUUCCACUAACUUGAUUGACCUCUGGUCUGAUUUCUGACCAAUUGCCUUAUCUCUUUAUUCAAUCAAGCCUAACCUUACCAAUCUAUGUUUUUGAAAUACAUUUUCCAAGCAAGUGUACAUUACAAUUAUGUAUUUCCGGGGAAAAAGACUUGCAAUCACUGAAGAAACUUGCCUCACUGUCGAAUGGCCAAUCCUUUACCUGAGAGGAUGCUGUUAAAAUGGUAUCUCUCUUCUCCCACCCCCCCCCGCCAAAGUCUUGCAGAAUGAUAAAUAUUUAAUGAAGACUACAGCAGAUCAUCACAACACCACAUUAAGCAAGCAUAUCUUCCUUUGGGACGCGGAUACUAAAACUGGACACAAGUUUUACGUAGAUCCAUUCUCACCAAAGUGCCUGGUAUAAUUGCAGGAAGAAUUCCUCGUGCUUACACAUUUCUUUGCAGUAAAGACCAACACACUCUAUGUUUUGUUACCUGAGAUAGAUCUUUCCAAACAACAUUUACUGGAAACUUUGAGAAUCUGUUUUUCUCGUCUUUGUUUUCCCCUCCAUUUUAUUUAGUAGUGACUUUAUGAUGCUAAUCUUUUAACUGCUGGAACCACUUUAUUAAUUUUUUAAGAUCAUCAACAAUGCAGCCAUUGUCUUUACAGUAACCUUAUUCCCCCUGAGAUGCAGUUCAUCAUGUCAGGUUUUAUUUUAAGUUAAGAAUCUAAUUUCAGACUUAAGUUUGUUACAUUCUAACAAUUAAUCCUGAUGAGAUCAGGUUUCUCAAGAGUUUCCCCUUAUCAUGAGCAUAAACAAAGUGCCCAGGCAAAAUGUUCAGUUUAUUCAACUCACCGAGACUCCAUGAAGGAUACCUUAUGAUUUUUAAUCUGAUUUCUAUUAUUGUAAAGUCAAACUGAUAUAAAUUAUAUUGAUCAACAAUUCAUUUAAAUAUUAAAGAAGCAUGAAUUUUGUACCAGUACUAAAGAUUUUGUGUACAGUGACACUAGGUGGAAAUCUUGACUAUAUUCAAAGACAUUUUUUAAUUACUUUCAGAAAUGGAAUACUCUAUGUGAAUUUGAAAGUUAGUAUCUAACCAUUUAUAAAUUAAACCUUUCUUGGUGGAAGACUACAGUAUAUGCUUAAAUUCUGAGAUAUAAAUUAGAAUUUUAACUGAGCAUGAUACAUUAGGCAUGACUGUAAGGUGGGCCAUUAUUCAAUGCAGUGGGAUAGGUACCUGUUGUAUGUAAUGUAUAGUUCAACGUAUAGUUGCCAGUGCUGUUGAAUAAAUGGUUUACCUUCCAUGGGUAGAUGAUUGAAACAAGUAAUUAAUGACAAAUAUUUUUAUUGUAUCAAGUCUAUUAGCUGUUGUAAAGUGCAUAGUUCAUAAGAUUGCAAUCCUAAAAUUCAUUUGAAACAGAAUAAAUGCAGAAUUUAUAGAUUUGAAAAUACUCGGGGUGUGAAGAAAAUCUCUGAUAUUGGUGCAUUGCAUUAUUUGAAAACUUAAACAUUAUAUAAUGCAUUGUGUACUGAACUAAGCAAAUGCUAUAUAGCUGGUUACAUUGAAACUUUGCUUAAAAUUCAGAUACACAUUUUAUAUAAGUUUUCAACCAUGAAUUUAGUUGGUUAAAAAUAAUGCACACACUAAUGUUGGAGUUUAGAAAUAUUCUAGUCAAGCAGCAUCUUACAGAGAACCAAACAGGUGGACUUUCAGAUAGAUGUUCUUGGCCAGGAAGGCUUCUCUCUUUAUAGGUGCUAUAUGACCUGCUGAGAUUUUAAAUGUGUACUUCUAUUUGUAUUUCAAACUUCUAAUGCUCCUUUGGGAGCCUGGGUAAUUUUUUGGGAAAACUUAAAUUGGAAUGAUAUGGCUUAUAUUUAAAACUGAAGUCAGAAUUCUUUGCUUGGGCACUGAGAUAGACUGAGUAGGUAAAACUGUGGUUGCAACACAACUGAAAUGGAAAUGGUGUGAAGAUGACCAGUGUUAUGUUGUUCAACAUUUGUAUUUUACAUACAAUGUGUAAAUGAAACUACAAUUACAGUUCCAGAUAUGUAAGCUCUCUUCAAAAGGAAGGAUAUUUCUUUACAUCAUGAAUGUCUCAUUUAAAUAAAUCUGACUUUAUUUUAGAUUUGGUCAAGAGAAAACCUUUGUAUGCGAGGAUGCCAGCUUAUGAAUAAAUAGAGCAAUCAGUUUAGGAGUCUGGAGAAGAAGCCCCCAUGACACAUAGGAUAGUUUAUGUUAGAAAACCAAUCUGUGAUAAAAUGGGGGGUGGGGGGAACGCGGUGGCCAAAAGUCUGAUUUAUUCUGAAAAUAAUCUCCUGUAAACAAAAUGGAUUGGUAUGAUCAAUCCUGGCAUAUAAAUUGUAUCCAAACUCCAAUAGGUUGGUGAAUUUUAAACAGUUAACCUGUUCACAUGAUUAUGUUUUUUUUCAUAUGUCAACUAAAGCACAAGCAAGUGCAUGCUGCUUGAGAAAUUGAAUUUUCAUGAUGUUUAAAUGUUAUUUUUUUUCAAAAUUGUGUAAAGGUACAGUUUUUAUAGAAGCAUAAAAGUAAAAUGUUAGACUAUUGUUGCAACACAUAUAGCAAAUAGUCCAAGUUGUAGCUUUGUCUACAGAAUAUGUGCAAAAUAAUCUAUAUAUUUUUAGCACUUUCAUAUUCAUUAAUCCUUUAAGAGUAUCUCUUGAAGGUUGUAUCUUUAACCAUCAUUACAAACUUGUUUCAAGUGCCAUUAGAUUUCAUAUUAGAUCAUUAGAUUAUAAAAUAAAUUUGUAUAUAAAAUUUUACAUUUUUUAUUUAACUUUUAGCAGGUACAAAUGUCAUAGCAUUUCUUUUAUUAAAAAUUGUUGUAUAUGCUUGCACAGUUGCUGUGUCUCACUUAGGGAGUUUACUUUACAUUCAAGUCAACAUUACAAUAACCAGUAUAUAAUAUGAUGGUUCUUUGCUGCUGCCGUCCCAUCAGCUCCCUGUAAAUAACUAUUUAUACGGACAGGAAAAUACACAAGUGAAAACUAUUGUGGUACAAGUGAAGCAAAUUUGGUGGGGAACACUCCUGCAACUUUUUUUUUGAAGUAUAUAUUUUGCUGCUAAUUCACAUUGGUUGGAGGAAACCAGUCCUCGUGGUGCUAUGAACUUUCCCUUUCUUUAUCUAUUACUAUAGCUCUAUAAUUCAAUUAAAGUAGGGAAAUCAAAUGGUAAAAAUGCUACAAAAAUUCUUAAGUACCUAGUCUUUGUGUGAAGUUACAACAAAUUAUGUAGUUGUAGCAAAAGGUGAUGGGAAGAAUUGUCUGACCCAAAGUUGAUACGGCAUUGACAUGCUUUGCCUCUCUGUAUAACUGAGGAUUGUUCAAAUCACAUGAGCUAUGGUGCAUUUAAUUCUGAAAACAUUGUAGCAUUUCAUGCAGAUCACUCCCUCUUUACUACCCCACCCUAACAGAAUUAUUACAUCUAUGUUACGAUACGUUCAUAUCUUGCAUCUCCAUGUGGAAAUAAAAGAUUAAAAAAAAACUUUAUUGCCCCCUACUUCUGUAUAAUGGAAGUGUAAGAUUUCAAUGGAUCUUAAGUGAAAGUGAAAUAGAUGUAAACACAAUUAGAUAUUUAAUUGGUUUAAAACAUAUUAGUUUAAAGUAAACCAACACUGAUGGAAGAAACUAACUGCAUUCCACAUUGGACUUUUGUACUACUUUUAUUUCAUCAAUUGUUGUUCAGAAUGGAAAACAUUUUGCUUAUGUAUACACUUAUCAAUGUAUUUACAUACUACUGGUAUCUGUACAAAUAUAGGCAUAAAUGAUGUUUUUUAAAAAGCUUUUACAACUUAAAACUACAGUAAAAAAAACUUUAGAGUUUAAUCUUUACAUCCAAAGAAAUGCUUCAAAAGCAAACUGAUUAUUUAUUGUGCCAGAUAACCUGCAUUUUUGUAAACAAAUUUACUAUAAUAAAACAGUUCU